AUGUCGAAGCGCGAACGAGAGAACCAUCGGUACGGGGGCCACGGCGAUCGGUAUCGCGACAGGUAUCGCGAUGCGCGCGGCAGCAUCGGUAUCGCAGCAGCAGUCGGUCGCGACACACCGGCUUUGAUGGUGUCGGCCGUUCGCACCACGCCAAUCGUGACGGCUACCGCUCCAACGCGGUUCGGCGCAAAGGUGGACGCGCAUGCGUUCGACGCCACCGUUCCCUGGCCGCCGCUGCUGCAUAUCAGCGGCCUGCCGGAGGACCUCAACUCGUCGGGCCUGCUGCUGCAGCGCUUCGGGAAGAGCCAAGGCGUCAAGGACGCGCACCCGAUCUACCUGGGGGCCUUUACUGGGCGGGCCGCCCUCGUCUUCGAGAAGGACCACUCCGGCUGGGAGAGGGCGAAGGCUUUCCUCGAUGCGUGCGGCAUGGAUCGGGACGAGGUGGUGCGCCUGCGCGGUGGCGUAGGGCGUCUGGCCGCCGUUCGAGAGGCGGGGCAGCAGCUUGGCCGCCUCCCCGUCGAUGGUGACGCGGAAGGCUUGAAAGUCGAGAGGUUGAUCGCUGCGGUGCUGCGCAUGUCGGGCUACAUCAUCCGCACAGAGGGCAUCCUGCCCACGUACGCGUGCCUCGGUUUCGUGCUCCUCUUCCUCGCCCUGAUCAUCAACGAGGUAUUCGUGUCGGCAGAGGCGGAGGAGGCGCCGCCGACCGCCUCACCGUUGCAGCGACACCUCCGACCGGCCGUCGCCGUUACGAUUGGAUGGUGUGCGCUCUACUACUCCUUCCUGCAGGGCCAGGCGGCCGCCGCCUUCUGGAUUCACAAAAAAAGGCGCGAGGCGGGCAACAAGGAAAAGGCGGGACACGACAAGGACAAGGCGCUUGAAUUCGCUUCCGUAAAGUACCCGGGUCGUCCAAACACCCAGGGCUUGAUAUUCGUGAUGGACCGCAGCGUCGGUAACCUGCUCGAGCAGACGCCGCCCUUCCUCGUUGCGGUGUGGCUGCACGCGCUGGCAGCCUCUCCGAACGAGGCCGCCUUCUUUGGCUGGAUCUGGCUUCUGCUUCGCGCAGCCUACCCCGUCGCCUUUGCGCACCCGUCGAUGCCGCGCGCGCUGUGGGGCGUGCAGCGGAGCCUCGGCGUCAGUUGGGUCUCUCUCAUCACCUGGCCUUCAUACGCAGUCAUCUGGCGCCUGCUGUACGGCGCGGCGCGAGGCCGUUCAGUUUAA